GGGCCUCUCUAAAAUGUUGAGUCUGACCUUGAACUUGUGAUCCCCCGGUCUCAGCUUCUGGAGUCACUGGGAUUAUGGUGUAUGUUAUAGCACCUGACUCAUCCUUUGGUCUUGGUAGUUCUUAACAAGAAGUGUCUGCCAGACUUCAAGAUUUCAGGAAAGAGUAUAUUGCAACUUUAAUUCAAGCCUUUAGGCAAGUGGACUGACAGACCCAUUAAACCACAGAAGGUGACCUAUUGAGAAAAGUGAUACAAAUAUUGGAAAAAACCUGCUCUUCUGAAUUAAGGGUGGACAAUGUCACAAGUUAAAACCACCUACUCUUUUGAUGCUCCUACGGACUUCAUUAAUUUUACAUCUUUGGAUGAUGAGGAAGAUUCUGAAAACAUAGAUUCAUGGUUUGAUGAGAAGGCCAAUUUGGAGAACAAGUAUCCUGGGAAGAAUGGGACAGGAGAGCUUUUUCAGGGCAAAACUUCUGUGAAAAAGACUAAUCUUCAGCAAGCUAAUGACACACCUUUGAGAGCAGUUGACAACAUUUAUUACAAAGAGGCUGAAAAAGAAAAUCUUAUGGAACAUUCCAUUCCAUCAAAUGCUUGUUCUUCCCUGGAAAUUGAGAAAGCCAUAUCAAGAAAUACUCCAGCCCAGCCUCCAAGAAGAUCUGUUAGACUCUCUGCUCAGAAGGAUUUGGAGCAAAAAGAAAAACACCAUGUUCAAAUGAAAGCAAAGAGAUGUGCCACUCCUGUAAUCAUCAGUGAAAUUCCACCUUCCAAAAGAAUGAGAGUUUCUACCAAUAAAAAGAAACCUGAGGAAGAGGAAGAAGGCGUUUCUCAAGAUGCUUCUCAAAAGACUGAAUCUUCCCCAGAGAAAGUCAAGGGCAGACAUACUGUGACUUGCGCACCACUCAUAAAGCAGAAGGUUUUAAAAAGUACUGAGGAGCAAGAGUUGGAGAAGAGAAUGAAAAUGCAGCAGGAAGUGGUGGAGAUGCGGAAAAAGAAUGAAGAAUUUAAGAAACUUGCUCUUGCAGGAGCAGGGCAACCUGUGAAGAAAUCAGUGAGCCAGGUAACCAAAUCAGUUGACUUCCACUUCCGCACAGAUGAGCGGAUCAAACAGCAUCCUAAGAACCAAGAGGAGUAUAAGGAAGUAAACUUUAUAUCUGAACUUCGAAAGCAUCCUUCCUCUCCUGCUCGAGUGGCUAAGGGAUGUACCAUUACAAAGCCUUUUAACCUGUCCCAAGGAAAGAAGAGAACAUUUGAUGAAGCAGCUUCUACAUAUGUGCCCCUGGCACAGCAAGUUGAAGCCUUCCAUAAACGAACCCCUAAUAGAUAUCAUUUGAGGAGCAAGAAGGACGAUUUUAGUGUGUUACCCUCCAAAUCUUCUGCGACCAAGAUUUCCAGAGACCCGCAGACUCCCCUACUACAAACCAAAUAUCGUGCAAGGCCUGUGACCUGCAAAAGUGCAGCAGAACAGGAGGCUGAGGAGCUUGAGAAACUGCAACAAUACAAAUUCAAAGCACGGGAACUUGAUCCCAGAAUUCUUGAAGGUGGACCCAUCUUGCCCAAGAAACCACCUGUGAAACCACCCACUCAGCCUAUUGGCUUUGAUUUGGAAAUUGAGAAAAGAAUUCAGGAGCGAGAGUCAAAGAAGAAAUCAGAGGACGAAUGCUUUGAAUUUCAUUCCAGACCUUGUCCAACUAAGAUCUUGGAAGAUGUUGUGGGUGUUCCUGAAAAGAAGGUACUUCCAAUCACUGUCCCCAAGUCACCAGCUUUUGCAUUGAAAAACAGAAUCCGAAUACCAACCAAAGAGGAUGAGGAAGAGGAUGAACAGGCAGUGAUAAGAGCUCAACCUGUACCACAUUAUGGGGUGCCUUUUAAGCCCCAAAUCCCAGAGGCAAGAACUGUGGAAAUGUGCCCUUUCUCCUUUGAUUCUCGAGACAAAGAACGACAGUUGCAGAAGGAGAAGAAAAUAAAAGAACUACAGAAAGGGGAGGUGCCCAAGUUUAAGGCACUUCCUGUGCCUCAUUUUGACACCAUUAACUUGCCAGAGAAGAAGGUGAAAAAUGUGACUCAGACUGAGCCUUUCUGCUUGGAGACUGACAAAAGAGGUGCUCUUAAGGCACAGAUAUGGAAGCACCAGCUGGAGGAAGAACUGAAACAACAGAAAGAAGCAGCUUGCUUCAAGGCUCGUCCAAAUACUAUCACCUCCCAGGAGCCCUUUAUUCCUAAGAAAGAGAAAAAAUCCGUUGCUGAGGGCCUUUCUGGUUCUCUAGUUCAGGAACCUUUUCAGCUGGCCACUGAGAAGAGAGCCAGGGAGCGGCAGGAGCUGGAAAAGAGAAUGGCUGAGGUAGAAGCCCAGAAAAUCCAGCAGCUGGAGGAGGCCAGGCAACAGGAAGAAGAGCAGAGGAAGGAAGAGCUGGCCAGGCUACGGAAAGAACUGGUGCACAAGGCAAAUCCAAUACGCAAGUACCAGGCUGUGGAGGUAAAGUCAAGUGACCAGCCUCUGACAGUGCCCGUAUCUCCUAAGUUCUCCACUCGAUUCCACUGCUGAACUCCGCUGUGAGCUGCAGAUGCUGCUUGGCAGCAGGAGCUGCUCCUUAUGUCACACCAGGCAUGGGCUUACCUACCCAUGCCUAACAGAGUAUACCUGACAACUAUGGACUCCAAUUUUGUUGAGAAUUGUUUUUGUAAACUUUUGGGGCUAAUAAUGUGACUCGAUUCAUCUAUGCCUCCAUCAAACUCCUUCUAGUUAUUUCCUUACAACCAUCAGUUGACCUUUAGUAUUGGUCUUAACUCUGACUAGGAUUUCAGGUCUCUGUGUCAGCACAGUGCAAUUUCUAUUUCCCUUUAUCCCCUCCUUUUUUAUAUAUAUAUAUGUGUGUGUUUUAACCAGAAAAUAAAGUAGUUAAAUCCUCA